AUGGCAGCUGAUUGGCCAACUCUAUCUCUGACUUCAUUCCCUGCAGGGGUUAGACAAUUCGACAAUUCGACGGGGAAGGCGGUGGAUCGUGGCAGAACGUUGCCGUACCACUUUGGAUCUUUGGAUCUCAGCCUCGCUGGCCAUGUCAACAUUCUACUUGGGAGGCCCUCCAUGCUUCAACUACUCCUGGCCCUUGUCCUGGUGGCAUCAACGGCACUUACAACGCUUCUACUAUGCUUGCCCUUGCAGUACAGGCGUGGUUCACCGCGGAGAGCUACUGAUAAGCCGCUCGAUGCAUCGAAGCUCGAACCCGAGAUCUCCGUCCAAGUGCUGGUCCUCGGAGAUAUUGGGAGAAGCCCUCGAAUGCAAUACCAUGCUAUCAGCAUAGCGAAACAUGGCGGGCGGGUGGAUGUUAUUGGAUACCAAGAAUCUGCUCUACAUCCCGGCCUCGUCGACAAUCCUCUAAUCGCAAUCGUCCCGCUUGCGCCUCCUCCAUCUAUACUAUCCUUGGCCCAAAAAUGCGGCGUCCCAUUCAUCAUAAUCGGCCCUCUAAAGGUGCUGUGGCAGAUCUGGACACUCUUCCACGUACUAGGCUACAAAGCCAAACCCUCCCGAUGGCUUCUCGUCCAAAACCCGCCGUCCAUACCAACACUUGCCAUCUCCCUCGUCAUCUGCUUCCUCCGCAACACCCACCUCAUAAUCGACUGGCACAACUACGGCUGGACCAUCCUCUCCGGCACACGCGGCUCCUCACAUCCUCUUGUCAAGAUCUCAAAGCGCUACGAGGAAGUUUUCGGUCGCUAUGCGUCGACUGCGAAUUUCACUGUCACUGAUGCCAUGGCGCGACAGCUCAUGAACCCACCAUAUAGCAUCAGGUCACAGAUAUUUACACUGCACGACAGACCCGCAGAGGUUUUCCAACCCAUCACCGACGCUAAAGAGCGCCAGAUUUUCCUAUCAAACCUCCCCGACACAGCUCUAGAGGCCAAAAACAUCAUAGCCGGGAAGACCAAGCUCCUAGUGAGCAGCACAUCCUGGUCCCCCGACGAGGACUUCUCCCUCCUCCUCUCCGCCCUAGAAACAUAUUCCGCUCGCCGCUCCCAGACCGGAUCAUUACCCCCCAUCCACGCGAUCAUCACCGGGAAGGGACCCCAGAAAGAGCUCUACUUCCGCCGCAUCGACAAGCUAAAAGCGGACGGCAAACUCGAGGGGGUGACUAUACUCAGCGCCUGGCUCACCACAGGGGACUAUGCGAAAUUACUCGCCUGCGCGGAUCUAGGCGUCUGCCUGCACAUGUCUAGUAGUGGCGUCGACCUGCCGAUGAAGGUGGUGGAUAUGUUUGGUGCUGGACUGCCGGUGGUGGGGUAUAGUGGGUAUGAGAGCUGGGGCGAGCUAGUGAAGGAGGGGGCGAAUGGGAGGGGGUUUGAGACGAGUGAGCGGUUGGGGGAGUUGUUGGUGGAGUUGCUUGGGAAGGGUGGGGAGAAGGAUCUAGGGGUAUUGAGAGAGGGUGCAAGAAGGGAGGGGAGCAGGAGGUGGGAUCAAGAGUGGGAUGGGACAGCAGCGAAGGUGUUGGGGUUAAUUAACUCUGGUGAUGGGAAGCCGGGAUGUUGUUAG